AUGUCAAACACCUUGUUCUGGGAUGGGACGCCCAUGCCCUUGCUCUCCUCUGCCCCACGGUUUCCCUCGGCCCCUCGCCCUUGCUCUCAGCCCCUCGCCCUUGCUCUCAGCCCGUCGCCCUUGCCCUCAGCCCCUCGCCCUGCCCUCAGCCCCUCGCCCUUUGCUCCAUGUCCUCGCUCUCUGUCCUUCGCUCUCUGUCCUUCGCUCUGUCCUUCACCCUUUGCUCUCUGUCCUCCGCCCAUUCUCUCUCGCCCUUUCUCUCUGUCCUUCGCCCUUCGCUCUCUCUCCUUCGCCCUUCGCUCUCUGUCCUUCGCUCGUUGCUCUCUCUCCUUCGCCCUUUCCUCUCUGUCCUUCGCUCGUUGCUCUCUCUCCUUCGCCCUUCCUCUCUAUCCUUCGCUCGUUGCUCUCUGUCCUUCGCCCUUCACUCUCUCUCCUUCGCUCGUUGCUCUCUGUCCUUCGCCCUUCGCUCUCUCUCCUUCGCUCGUUGCUCUGUCCUUCGCCUUCGCUCUCUCUCCUUCGCUCGUUGCUCUGUCCUCCGCCCAUUCUCUCUCGCCCUUUCUCUCUGUCCUUAGCCCUUCGCUCUCUCUCCUUUGCCCUUCGCUCUCUGUCCUUCGCUCGUUGCUCUCUCUUCCUUCGCCUUUCCUCUCUGUCCUUCGCUCGUUGCUCUCUGUCCUUCGCCCUUCGCUCUCUCUCCUUCACUCGUUGCUCUCUGUCCUUCGCCCUUCGCUCGUUACUCUGUCCUUCGCCCUUCGCUCUCUCUCCUUCGCUCGUUGCUCUCUGUCCUUCGCCCUUCGCUCUCUCUGCUUCGCUCGUUGCUCUGUCCUUCGCCCUUCGCUCUCUCUCCUUUGCUCGUUGCUCUGUCCUUCGCCCUUCGCUCUCUCUCCUUCGCUCGUUGCUCUGUCCUUCGCCCUUCGCUCUCUCUCCUUUGCUCGUUGCUCUGUCCUUCGCCCUUUGCUCUCUCUCCUUCGCUCGUUGCUCUGUCCUUCGCCCUUCGCUCUCUCUCCUUCGCUCGUUGCUCUCUGUCCUUCGCCCUUCGCUCUCUCUCCUUCGCUCGUUGUUCUGUCCUUCGCCCUUCGCUCUCUCUCCUUCGCUCGUUGCUCUCUGUCCUUCGCCCUUCGCUCUCUCUCCUUCGCUCGUUGUUCUGUCCUUCGCCCUUCGCUCUCUCUCCUUCGCCCUUCGCUCUCUCUCCUUCGCUCGUUGCUCUGUUCUCCGCCCAUUCUCUCUCGCCCUUUCUCUCUGUCCUUCGCCCUUCGCUCCCUCUCCUUUGCCCUUCGCUCUCUGUCCUUCGCUCGUUGCUCUCUCUCCUUCGCCUUUCCUCUCUGUCCUUCGCUCGUUGCUCUCUGUCCUUCGCCCUUCGCUCUCUCUCCUUCACUCGUUGCUCUCUGUCCUUCGCCCUUCGCUCUCUCUCCUUUGCUCGUUGCUCUGUCCUUCGCCCUUCGCUCUCUCUCCUUCGCUCGUUGCUCUGUCCUUCGCCCUUCGCUCUCUCUCCUUUGCUCGCUGCUCUGUCCUUCGCCCUUCGCUCUCUCUCCUUCGCCCUUCGCUCUCUCUCCUUCGCUCGUUGCUCUGUCCUUCGCCCUUCGCUCUCUCUCCUUCGCUCGUUGCUCUGUCCUUCGCCCUUCGCUCUCUCUCCUCGCUCGUUGCUCUGUCCUUCGCCCUUCGCUCUCCCUCCUUCGCUCGUUGCUCUGUCCUUCGCCCUUCGCUCGUUGCUCUGUCCUUCGCCCUUCGCUCUCUCUCCUUCGCUCGUUGCUCUGUCCUUCGCCCUUCGCUCUCUCUCCUUCGCUCGUUGCUCUUUCCUUCGCCCUUCGCUCUCUCUCCUUCGCCCUUCGCUCUCUCUCCUUCGCCCUUCGCUCUCUGUCCCUAGGCGCGGUCAUGCCGCCACAUGGGCGGCGCGUAUGGGGUGACAGCAGCGCGCAUGGCGGGACAUCGACUCGUUGUACUAAACAGCUUAAGCUAGCGUGGUAUACGCCAUUUCGGUGA